CAACAACCGUUGCGCGCCAUUAUUGUGAAACGAGUGGAAAAAAGUGUUUGGUGUUGGUUAGCAAAUUAUUCAAAUUAGCAAAAGAAGGAUGGGGUCACAACGACAGAAAAAUGGAAAAACUCGGAAACGAAUAGAAAACUCCGAGAAUCAGAUACAAACUUCUGAACCUCGUGAAGCAAAGGCGAAUAAAAUUCGUUUCCAGAAAAACAAAAUAGCACUAAAGGAUUUGACCAACAAGUCAGUAAUUACACCAUUGAAAAACAUGGGCAAUACUACAGAUAAAGAAGAUGAUUCUGAUCAAAGGCAAUCAAUUAACCAACCAUUUGGUCGACAAACCAGAAGUAAAGUGAAAACCUUUGUUUCAUCAAGUCCCAUUGAUAACCACAAAAAACAAACAAAUUCAAAGAAUAAAAGCUUAUUGGAUUCUGUGACAAAGACAGAACAUUCUGUUGACAGCAAACAUAAUGAAGAAACAGUAAAUGUGGGAACAGAUUGGAGCAAUGGUGUGAAAUGUCUGAGGGCAACUCGACGAACGGUAAAAAAACCUACAAGUUUACCUGAGAAUCAGAACACUGCAACAGCAGGAGAUGUCAGUCAAACAAGUGGGAGCCCUGCUCAAACGUCCAUUCGACAGAUUCCCAUUAGCUCACCUAAUGUAUCAGAAACAGAUGACAUGGAUAAAACUGAGAAUCCCUCCAAAAAUGGGCUACCUCCAACAGAUGUUUCAGGUUUACACUCUAAUUCUGAUCUGGUAAAUACAGUACCCAGCUUCAGAAUGACACGAAAUAUGACGAAAUCACACAACACACCAACUUCUAACAAGUCUAACAACCCAAAAGAAGUCUCACCUAAAGCAUCUACAAAGUGUACAAAAUCUGAUACUGAAGAAACACUACCCUGUCAAACAAGAUCUCAAGCUCUACAGUCCUCUAUUUUGAAGAAUGGGAAAAGUCCUCAGUUAAAAAAGAAAGGGAUAUCCACGGCCUCCAAGCAGAAAAGGAAAACCGCAUUAGAAAAAUGGAUUGAACAGGCUGGUGAGGUAUCAGUACUUAAUGGUUCAUCUUCGUUAUCCGGACCCUGUCGAAAGUCUGCCCGCUUAUCCGUUUCAAAACUUUCGCCUGGGAAACUGACAUCUACGAAGAACGAGUCGAAAGUAAGCUCACCCUCACCUGCAACGAAGCGGACUUCGAAGGCAAAGAAAGUUCCCGUUUGGAGGACUGAGCCAAAACCAGAACUCCUACACUCGGCCGUCGAUGAUAUUUAUGGAGUUGAAUAUGAUUCAAGCGAAUGUAAACCAGCAAAGAAAAAAAGAACGAGGAAGCCAAAAAAGGAAAACGAUGUUUUCAAACCCAGCAAAGGCAUUGUGGCUCCUAAACAAACUAAACGGCCGUUAAGAACUGCUGCUGCUAAAACGGAAGAUGUACAGAAACCCGUCGUUACAUCAACAAAAGGGAUAAAGCCACCGAGCACCGAUAAAACCGCUGCAAAAAGUACGACACCACUGCUCAAAGCGGUUGCCGAAAAACUUAGCAAAAUGACUGAGCAAAUGGUUGUUGACGAACCGGAAAAAGAAGAGCGUCUUGAUGAUAUUAGUUAUAUUUAUCCCAUUGUCAAUCAAUCAACUAUUAUUGAUGAUGUCACGUUAACAGAAAAUGCGGAUGCCGAUCAUUCAGAGGAAAGGGACAAGACUACCGAAUCCGGUAUUCUAGCCGGAGAUUUCGAAGAAAGUCAACAGGUCAUACAAUCCCAUCCUGACCAAGUGGAAGCCGCAAUGGAAAACCUUUUUGGAUUUGAAGAUCCAGAAACUUAUCCUCCGGUUUCUACUGUGGAUAAAGUGGUUGAAAAGCAGCUCGUCAAGUCAACGCCGAUCAAGCAACAAACGAUCGCAGAAUGCUUUGCGUCUGUGUCGCCAGUCCGUAAAGUUACAAAAGCAACUAGAAAAUCAGCCAAUCGGCCAGCCAGACUCGAUGAGGAUGUAGCACGUGAUUUAAUACGGGGUAUUAGACCUCUUCAACCGGCUAUGGAUAAACAAAAGCACCCUUCUUUGAAACAGUACAUAAAAGAUGUUGCGGAAAUCGAUGAUGAUGAGGAGACUAAUGUCCGAAACAGUGAAGUCCCUCCUACUCCACCAACUGUUUUCUCACAACCUCCUCGGCGAUCAUACUCGAGGCGUGAAUUGCGAAGAGUCAAACGAACAAUACUAACAGUGGACGAUGACGACGAUUUUGAGCCUAGUGACGAAGAAGUUUCUUCUAAGAAGGCGAAAAAGCGAGGCGGCGGCAAGACCAUCCAUAAGAAGAACAAACGUGAUGAAGAAGAGGAACAAUGGUGUAAGGUGAUGAAUUCUCAUUUUGAAGAUAUCGAGAAGUUUAAUUUAUCGAGUUAAUUUUUUAAUGUCCCUACGUUUAUUUUGUAAGAACGUUCUGAAUAUUUCACUUGUUUAUUUCUUUUUCCUCAUUAAAAAAUCGUAUUCUCUUUUUUCACUCAAAUAAAACACAG